AUGGCGACUCUGGAGAGGAUCGGUCGCAGGGGUCGUCCGUGGCACAGAGCUGAUUUCAUCGAAGAUGGAAUCAGGGACCUGUUCGCAGAAGAACCAAAGCGUGUGAGGGAUGGACGCAAAGUUGCCAGGCUUUGGGCCGACAUUGUCGUCAGACGAACGUCCAAGGAACCCAUACUCAUGGUUGAUUCGGAGGAGAACAAUAAACUACAGCAUAAGGUCAUCGUCGAGCAUAUUGCACCUCGCCAGGCAGUCAUAGUCGAUCUAGACCGGAUGUUUCGAACAUCGCGGUUAACCACGGAUUUCGGGAAGAAACUAGACGAAACUAAGUCCACCCAAACAGAGAUCUGUGAAGCGCUUGGGUCCCAUAAUAGACCAAUUAGCUUGGUCAAACCGGUGUUCCAGAUUAUCAGACAAGAUACUUUGACCCUUCUCAAGCGGCUACGCCGGAUUCUCGACGAAGUGGAAAUUGAAAUUUUAGAUGACACAAAGAUUGAGGAUCGAUUGGCCUUAUGGCGUCAGCUCAUCUGCCAGCUCAAAAUCAGCCUGGGACCUUUUAUUACUUUCCUCGGCACCAUCUAUCCUCCAAAUGCUGCUGAAGAGGGUGUGUCUAUCGCUUCAGAGGUUACGCAGGAUCUGCACAAGCUUUCAAAGGACAUCGAUCAAAUGGUCGACCGACUUCGGAAAACGUCAACGUCCUUAACUUCAAAUAUAGGUCUGUUAGAUAGCCGACGCUCGAUCGACGAAAAUCGUGCUGUGACCAGGCUUACCCAGCUCGCAUUCGUGUUUAUCCCCUUGUCAUUCGCGACAUCAUUCUUCGGCAUGCAAGUCGAGCCCUUUACCAAACCCAACUUCUUCGUUGUGGCAACUGUGGUGACAGGAUUCUCUUAUUUGAUGCGGAUGACUAUGCGCAGCCAGUGGCUCGCUCGUCUCAAGGCAACUAUGACGUACGAUGUCAGAAAAUAUACAGAAAAACACGGCCAGCCUGUCCAACCUCGAUCACUUCCAAUGCUCCUCGUCUUUCGGUGGCUCAGAAGCCGGCUUUGUGUGGGCAUUAUCAAACCCUGGCAAUGGACUGUCAAAAGCGGUCUUGGGGUAGCAGAGAAGCUCUGGGCUGUGUUCGGCUUCGCAAUCAGCUUUAUUCUGUUGGAUUGCGCAGUUUCAGCGGCGCCGAUCGCCAUGCUCUGGACGCGAGAGCUGGAUUCUGGUAUUCAUGGUGCCGUAAUCAUUGCCAUUGUGAUCAUUGUCAUUGCGUUUGUGGGCGUCCCGUUCUGGUACUGGUCUGAACCAGACUUUCGUAAUGCAUUACCAGAACUUAUCAUACACGGGAUCCGUAGCAUUCCUCAGUGGGUUCGGAUGGCAUUUCUCUUGUUGAUCACGACCACCACAUUCAUUGCGAUUCCGGUGGUACUGAUUUGGACUCGUCCCUUGCUACUGGCAUCAAGGGUGGGCUAA